AUGUGGAAGGAGAGCCGCAAACGAUCCUUCUUCAAAGGGGCGAAGGGAUUCUUGGAUUUGCAGUCAUGGACCAGAAGGAAGGAUGCUACAGCUCGACUGCUUAUCAGACUCUGGAGUGCUGUAUUGAUUGCAUCGACAUUUGGGAAGGAUUUCGGAAAUUGGAUGUUUCUUCGGAUUCUAGAAUACUUCGGAGGAAUACUUUUACUCACUACAAACCGACCCAGCAGCUACAACCACGCGUUCAAAUUCCGAGUGCACCUGACCUUACACUACCUACCUGUGGAUUUGAAAGGCUACGUUCGCAUCUGGAGGACCUCUAGCAUAAGCCUUGAGGCCAGAGCAGAUCCGUUGCUUCUGGAAGAGGCUCUGAGCGAAUUGGCAAAAACACCUUUGAACGGGCGCCAGAUCAAGAAUGUGAUCCACCUCAAGACACCCCUCUCGGCGCUGGAUAGCUUUGAUGAUACCUUCGGUUGCGGCGCCUCAGAAGAAGAUAGUGAUGCGCAGGAUGACGUCGCGGUCGGCAAUAAGUGA